AUGAGGGAUGGUGUAAAGAUUGCCUGUGAUUUGUAUUUACCUUAUAGAGCAGUGAAUGAAAAUCAUAGAUUACCAACUCUUUUGCAUAUUACUAGAUAUAAUAGAUCAUUUAAAGUGAAUUUUCCAUUCAAUUACUUGUUUGGAGAAAAGCUCAGUAUUAGAGGCAUUCCAUUCAAGAAGUUUGUUGCCAGAGGAUAUGCUGUAGUUUCAUGUGAUACUAGAGGUACUGGUGCAAGUUUUGGAAGUCGUCCUUAUGAUUUUCAUAGAGAUGAAGUUCAAGAUUUUGGAGAAAUUAUGGAUUGGGUUGUAAAGCAAAAAUUCAGUAAUGGAAAGAUUGUAUCAACAGGUAUUUCGUAUGAUGGAAUGGUUAGUGAUUUCUUAGUUUCAUUGAAUCACAAGAGUUUGGUUGCAGUUGCAUCAGUUAGCUCUCCAUUCGAUCUCUAUAGAGAUAUCAUUUAUCCUGGAGGUCUUUAUCAAAAAUCAUUUAUUGACCAUUAUUUGAAAUUUACUCAACAUGUCGAAAAGUUUGGAGUUGCACCACAAAGAGAUAAUAUCUGUCCAGGAUGUGAACCUGACUCUUUGAGAGAAAUUUUGAUGAAUUGGUUCGCCAAAUUUAUUUUGGGAGGAGUGAAGGAUGUUAAUGGUGAUGAAGAGACGAAGAAGAAAGCAAUUGAAUCCCAUGCUUCCUCGUAUGAUGCUCUCGAAAUUGUUCACCAUCUUGAAGAUGGUAUUAAUAAGGUCAUUAAAACAAAGACAUUUACCUAUGAAAUGGAAAAGGAUGGGCCAGUGAGAGCUGUCCAAGAUACCAAGAGAAGAAUUCCAAUGCUUGUAUUAGGAGGUUUCUAUGAAAGCCAAGUUCAAAACAGUGCUGUGAAGAGAUUCAAGUCACUCUAUCAUGAGGAAAGCAAAUUAAUUCUUGGUCCUUACACCCAUGGUUUUAGAAAUAUUGCUUCACCUUAUUUGAAGGAAAAAUUCCCAUGUUUCAAUGCCAUGGAAGAAGUUAUGAGAUUCUUUGAUCAUCAUUUGGGCUUGGAUGAAAAUACAGGCAUUGAAGAUGAAAGCCCAAUUCAUUACUAUUCUGUUGGAGCUGAAAAAUGGAUUUCUACUGAUAGUUGGCCACCAAAAUCUAUUGAAACUGUUUAUCAUUUCUCUGAAAACUCUAAAUUAACUACUGAAAAGAUGUCUGAUCUUUCUUCUAGCCACAUCUUGACCCUUAACUUGAAGGAAAGCACAGUCGUUUUAUCCAAGUGGAAUAUGUUAACUCACUUGUUUGAGAAGUACCCUAGAUAUAGUGAAAAGCUCUCCUCUUCCUCAUGGAACAAUGGAAAAUUAAACUUCCAAUCAGAACCAUUGAAAAGAGAUAUGGAAAUUAGUGGAAAUCCUUAUAUUGAUGUGGAAAUUACAGCAAAUAACAAGGAUGGCGUAUUAUUUGCCUACAUUCAAGAAGUAGAAGCCAAAGGAGCUGUCAAUCUUAUUAUGGAUACUCAAUUAAGACUCGUUCAUAGAAAAUUAACAGGAAAAUCGAAUACUGGAGUUAUUGAUGUUAUUCCUUUCAAUUCCUUCUACUUGGAAGAUAGAGAAUACUUGGAACCAAACAAGAGAACACAUGUCAGAAUGUACUUCCCAGCCUUGUCAUACACUGUCAAAACUGGAAAUUGCAUUAAGGUUUCAUUAUUCACUUUUGAUGAUUUGAACUUUAAGAUAUUUGGUAAUGCUUCUGAUUUGUCAACCACGUUACAAGUUCACUCUGGAUCUGUCUAUUUACCGGUUGUUGGAGAAGAAAUUGUGGAGGAAUCAAUCAUUACUAAUGAAGAGGAGCCACAAGAGGAAAAAGAUGAAUUAUAA